AUGGCAGGUUUACAACAAUCCGUUUAUAGAGCCAAGUUCGUUAAAGCAAGAAAAGGAACCCAUGUGGCCAUGUCUUUCAUUCAUGGCCAUGGCAUAUCUUCUCUUACACUGAAUUCUCAACCUGUAUUGAAUCUUUUGGACCCCAAACUGCUUACAAUAUACAGUGAAGAUUUGUGA